AUGAUACUUACUGUUUUAUUUUUUGGUAUUCUAACAUAUUACUUAUGGAUUUGGCAUUAUUGGAUAAGAAAAGGCUAUUUGAAGCUGCGAGACUGGACAAAAAAGAACGGAUCAGUUUACGGUAUCACGUUGAUCAUAUCCAAUCCCGAAUUUGUAGAUGAAGUUUUUGUGAAACAAUUUGACAAUUUUUAUGGAAGAAAGCAGAAUCCACUUCAAGGAGAUCCAAACAAAAAUCCAAGAGUUACACUUUUCUCAGCUGAGGGUCACAGAUGGAAACGACUACUUUCGUCGCCAACGUUUUCGAAUAAAAGUCUGAGAAUAAUAAUGGGAACUGUCGAAGAAAGUGUAGUAGAAGUUAUGAAAUAUUUGGAAAAAGAAGUUGCUGAUGGACAACAUGUAAAUAUGUUAGAAUACUAUCAAGAAUAUACAUUGGAUGUAAUUGGAAAAAUUGCAAUGGGUCAAACCGAAUCAUUGUUGUUCAAAAAUCCAUUAAUGAGUGGAGUCAAAGGGGUCUUCCAAAACAAACGCAAAUACGGUUCUCUGGUUGCUGGAGUAUUUCCGAUUGUUGGAGUUUUGUUUCGUACUCUAUUUUCCUUCUUCCCAUCAGCUCAACCGGCUUCCCACGUCUUCUCAAUGCUGGAAAUUGUUGUUUGUGAACGACUAAAACAGAGAAAAGAUGAUGAGAAUAAUGGUUUUGUAAAAGUCGGACAACCCCAAGAUUUUAUCGACUUCAAGAACAAACACUUGAAUUCACUAAAAAGGAAAUCGCGAAAAUUGAGAAACAACUGACUUUUGAUGAGAUCAUUGGUCAAUUGUUUGUUUUCUUUUUAGCUGGAUAUGAUACAACUGCCCUUUCCCUCUCAUAUUCUUCAUAUCUCCUGGCAACUCAUCCAGAGAUUCAGAAGAAAUUACAAGAAGAGUGGAUAGAGAAUGCCCAGACCCUGAAAUCACUUUUGAUCAAAUAUCAAAAUUGAGGUACAUGGAAUGUGUGAUAAAAGAAUCUCUACGGAUGUAUCCACUUGCAACGGCAGCGCAUAAUCGGAAAUGUAUGAAAUCCAUAAAUAUUCGUGGAGUUGAUAUAGAGAAAGGAACAAAUGUUCAAGUGGAUACGUGGUCACUUCAUUAUGAUCCAAAGGUUUGGGGAGAUGAUGCAAAUGAGUUUAAACCAGAGAGGUGGGAAACCGGGGACGAACUAUUUUAUGCAAAAGGAGGAUAUAUUCCAUUUGGCAUCGGCCCCAGAAUUUGUAUUGGAAUGCGAUUGGCAAUGAUGGAAAAAAAAAUGUUAUUGGUUCCAGUUCUGAAACAGUACACUUUUAAAACUUGCUCGGAAACAGAAGUUCCAUUGAAAUUAGUUGGAUUGUCAACUAUAGCACCAACAAGUGUCAUCUUAACUUUGAAACCCAAGAUGUCGAGAGAUCAAUAA